UUUUUAGGUUAUCUUUAGAGUCACUCUGUAAAGAUAAGCCCUCAUAAGCACGGUUGCAAUAAUUUUAAGACAUAAAUGAGUCGUAGUUUAUGAAGUUAAAUCUAAAACUUAUAUAAUUUUUAUUUGUGCACAACUUUGAGCGGUCUACAUUUUAAAAUUUAUAUAAGCAAGAUGGCACAUUCAUCAGAGAGUAGUGGCAAUUUAAAAAGUGGUGUGAUUGAUUUUGUUGCUGGAUCAUUAGGUGGAGUUGCUGUUGUUUAUGUUGGCCAACCAUUAGACACAGUCAAAGUAAAAAUGCAGACUUUUCCACAUCUUUACAAAGGAAUGUAUGAUUGCUUGAGGACAACUUUAAAGAAUGACGGUGUUAUUCGAGGGCUCUAUGCUGGCACUACACCUGCAAUUAUGGCAAAUGUUGCUGAGAACUCAGUACUUUUUGCUGCUUAUGGAUAUUGUCAAAAACUAGUGUGCCACAUGACUGGCACCGAGAGCGUCGAUAAGCUAUCAGCGCUGGGCAACGCGUCCGCCGGGUUCCUGGCGUCGUUUUUUUCGUCGUUCACGCUCUGCCCCACGGAGCUUAUCAAGUGUCAGCUGCAGGCGAUGAGAGAAGUCAAUGUCCAGGGCUCUCAAUCAGCUGUGAAAAUCACUCCACUUCAGCUCACCCAGCAAAUUUUUAAACAGUACGGCAUACAAGGUCUGUUUCGAGGUCUGGUGCCGACCAUUAUGAGGGAAAUGCCGGGGUAUUUCUUCUUUUUCGGUGGAUAUGAAGGUACAAGAGAGCUCCUAGCAAAGCCAGGCCAAUCGAAGGACGACAUAGGUUUCUUCAGGACAAUGGUAGCUGGCGCCGUCGGCGGUCUCGUCCUGUGGACGGUCAUAUUCCCGUCUGACGUCAUCAAGUCCCGGGUUCAAAUAUCGAACAAAAGCCAAAAGUUCCUUACAGUUGGAAUGGAGAUAGUGAAAAAAGAAGGUGUAUCAGCGUUAUACAACGGACUGAAGCCCACUCUCGUGCGAACUAUACCCGCCACUGCGGCUCUGUUCGUCGUCUACGAAUAUUCUAAGAAGUUUAUGCAUCAAUCGUUUGGAGACUGAACUGUUAUCAAUAAAUCAAUCUGUAAAUAUU